CUUGGCCUGAUCAAACAAUGGGCGAUAAAUUAAAAGCCAUAAAAAGCAAAGGCUAUUAUGUUCCGAUUACCAGCAACAGAACCGAUGGUGCUAGCUUAGAAUUAGAUCACCAUAAGUUUCUUAGUUCAAAUUAUACUAUGGAAAAAGAACUUGUUUGCAGUGAUUGCAAACCAAAGUUUGUAGUACCACCAAAAACAACUACGUACCAUUCCUGUGAGUGCCACUGCCAAGUUGUUUGCAAGUCAACUUCAGGUUAUAAGCAAUCAAGAGAAAACUGUUUUGGAGCGAAAUUGUUCAACCAAACUCAACUACACACUGCUAGCGUAAUUGCAUCAGGCCAUUCGUCGCCUUUGUCAUCCACAAUCAAUAACAAACGCGCGGUUCUCUGUGGAGUUACAUACCGUUACAGCGGAAGACGAUACAGGCUCAAGGGAACCGUUAAUGAUGUCAUCAACAUGAAACAUCUACUGGUUGAGAAAUUUGCAUUCCCAAUUCAAUCCAUACGUGUCCUCACAGGAGGGAUCACUGAAAAUGAAAUCAACUCCACCAUUGUUGUGCCACUCAAGAGAGGUGUUAAACUUCAUGCUAUUAUUGACGCUUGUCAUAGUGGAACAACUCUUGAUCUCAUGCAUGUUUAUAAAAAAGACAAUGGCAAUUGGAAAUGGAUGAAUAACCAUACCCCCAGCAUAAAACCUAGUACUGAAUGUACAAAUGGUGGACUGGCCAUUUGUUUCAGUGCUUGUGAAGAAAGUCAGAUGGCUGCUGAUUCUACAGUUUUUGGAGGAAAAGAGAUGAAUGGUGUUAUGACCUAUCUUUUAACAAAAAUAAUUUGAGAACAUUCUGGAAUUACAUAUGACAGUUUGCUAGAAAAAUUGCACGAGGAUAUUGGGGUGAUUCACAAACACUUCAAUGGGUUCUUUAAGCGUAUUUUUUACAGUAGAAUUGACCAGGACCCUCUUUUAUCAUCAUCAGGGAAAUUCGACGUUAAUAUGCACAUAUCAUUUUGAGCACACACAUUGGAACAAUACAAAAGCCUAAAUUGACAUAUGGCCACUUGCUCCAUGUGAUGCAUUUUGCAACACAUUGUGCUAAAGCAGGAAAGUUUCAAGUUUGAACUAAAAAACCAAAAGCUUGCUAGGGACCCUCGGAAGCACUAUCAGCCCACAUAUUACAUGAGUUAUACAAAGUUCUUAUGAAUAUAAGUUAUUUAUUACAACACAUUGUAUAUAUUUACAACAUAUCAUACCUUACACGACGUUUAUUGUAAAUGCGUUUUGCAAGAGCUACAACUACCUGUUGUCUUUUGAGGAGUUUGAUAUCUUUUCGAAGUUAUUUCGGUUCUGAGGUCCAUCCUAUUGGAAUAAAAAGACUCAGUGUCCAGUUGGUGAUUGUAUUGUAUUGUCUAAACAUUAGCUGUUCCUAAACAUUGAUGCAGAUUAAGUCGUUUUGGACAAUAAACUCUUCCUAAAUACUGGCUUAUCACCUUGAUUUGUAUAUUUAUGAUUUAUAAAUAUCUAUCUAAUUCACAUUGUGGAGAUUUGUUC